AUGGCCUCAGCCAGCAGUCAAGCGGUCAAUGCCGACCCAGCAUCCCAAUAUCCCGCCGGCCACUAUGGGUCCCUGAACACGCAGCAGCAGGAAGCUCUUGAAAGUUUCAAGAGCCUGCUGACCAAGCGGGGAUACCCUGGCUUCGAAUCGUCUGCACCCUUGCAGGACAUUAAGCUACUUCGGUUCCUUCGUGCGCGUCGGUGGGACGUUGAAGCCGCUUAUGCCCAGUUCCAUGACACAGAAACCUGGCGCCAAGCCAACGAAAUAGACACCCUGUACGAGACUAUUGACGCUGACGCCUACAAGAAACUGCGUUCUCUCUAUCCGCAAUGGACAGGCCGACGGGAUCGCGUUGGCGCACCGGUCUACGUCUGGCGGCCUCAGGCUCUCAACGGCCAGGCGGUCGCCGAGAGUGAACUGGUCGCCGCCAAGCCUGGCUUUUCCCGGUCCCGGACGGACGGCGGCAAGACGUCCGCAAGCCUCCUCUGCUUCGCGGCGCUGUACGAGAACCUGCUGCGCUUCACGCAGCCGCUCGCGACGCAGCUGCCGGACCGCGCGCACGCGGCCGUCCCCGUGACGCUCAGCACGUACAUCAUGGACGUCUCCGGCAUCGGCGUGAUGCAGUUCUGGAGUCUCAAGGGCCACAUCCACACGCUGGCGUACCUCGCCUCCGCGCACUACCCGGAGACGCUGGGCGCCAUCUUCAUCGUGGGCGCGCCGCCGUUCUUCAGCACCGUGUUCGGCUGGAUCAAGGGCUGGCUGGACCCGGUCACCGUGUCCAAGAUUCGCAUCGUCAGCCGCGACGAGGUCCUCCCUGCGUUGGAGGAGGUGGCCGAUGGGGGCAGCAUCCCCAAGAUGUACGGCGGCGAUCUCGACUGGACGUUCGGCGAUGCUCCGGUGAUUGAUCCUUACUUGAAAGACGUAAUCAGCUGGGACGGCGAACAAUCAUCCUUUCCAUUGGCGCCGCUCGUGUGGGAACCUGUGGAAGGCAAAGGCUACUAG